CCUGCAGGUACACCUUCUUCAUCGUUCUGUAUCCGAUGGGAGUGAGCGGAGAACUGCUGACCAUCUACGCAGCUCUGCCGUACGUGCAGAAGACGGGCCUGUACUCCGUCACCCUCCCCAACAAGUACAACUUCUCCUUCGACUACUACAGCUUCCUCAUCCUCGUCAUGAUCUCCUACAUUCCCCUCUUUCCCCAGCUGUACUUCCACAUGAUGCGGCAGAGGAAGAAGGUGCUGGGCCACACAGACGACUACAGCAAAGUGGAGUGAGCUGUGCGGCGCUCAGAACGGCUCACAUGAGAGGAAAGCAACCAAAACAUCCCAUAAAGAACAAAUCAGUAUUUUUAGUUUUCAAACUGCCAAAACCGAACCCUCCCCUCCCCCCGCCCCGUAGAUCAUCCUAUCAUCCACACACUUCAUUUUAAUAAUUUAAAUUUUUACAGCAAUCUAAGUACGUCAUACAGACAUUAUGGAUAAACUUUUGUUUUUGUUUUUUUUUUUGCAUAUUUAUGAACAAAUUGUGAUUACAUUGAAGUUUAAAGAAACGAUGAGCUGCUCUGUGAGCAUCGAGCAGAGCUUGGACAAAGCUAAUCUGAACAGAAUGAUACACUAAUCGACCUUUGACCUCCUAAUAAACAACACCGAAGUGGAGAGUUGACUCGGAUCCUCACCUCCCACUGACUUUUGUUUAUUCAUUUAUUGUCUUUGAUCCCCUCGUGGUUUGCUUUAGGCUACUGUAAUGUAGAAAGAAUGAGUUGGAGCCUAGCACUGAGAGUUGGUGUCUGUAGGUUUUGCAUCCUUUGUACAAAUUGAUUUGAUGAUUUCCAUUUUGUGUAAUUUAUUGAAAAAUUUGACUACAUUCCACAUUUAGCUCAAUAAACUUUUUUGUUUUCCAUCCCA